AAAAGAUAAAAAUAUAAAAAAAACCCCGGAAGGAGAAAAGGAUAAUCCGUGGACAGAAAAUGGACGCAGAGGAUGGCACCGUUCCUCUUGACGAGACUUAUGCAGAGACGGUCAACCACUACGGUCGAAUCUUCCAGCAGCAUGCUUUGGCCAGCAAGACAUACUUUGCGCCGAUCGAUGAAGAAGAAAUAGCGCGAUUGGGAGAAAUGCACUCUAUGCUCGGCACCGUUUUCGAUAACAGAUUGAUAUUCCCCCCCGUCAGCAAGCCUGGGAAAAUACUCGAAUGCGGAUUUGGAGCAGCAGAUUGGGCUGUCGAUGUUGCUGAACAUUAUCCAGAUGCAGAGGUGCGUGCUCAAGUCUGCUAUUUUGACCCAUUUCUGUGAGGGGGGCAGCGAGCCCAAGGCUGGAAACAUCGACUGCAACGUCAAGGUGAAAAAAAAAACCAAAACAUCUUCCUUGUCUGAUUGAAUUUCCUUCGCAUGUUACUGGGUGCGUUGUUGAUGACGUGAAGGUCGAAGGCUGUGUCUCGGAGGGAUAUCGUCACGCGGCUGUCAUGGUUGAUUAUGUAGAACAUUGCAGAUGCGUCGAAUACCCUCAAUCGUC